UGUAUAUUUUUUAUAAUUCAAAACGAAUUUAAAAGCGAAAAUGGAAAAGUGGCAAGGAAAAGUUGCUGUAGUAACAGGCGCUUCUUCUGGAAUCGGAGAGGAGACUUGUCGACAACUUGUUGAAAAAGGAAUGAUUGUUGUUGGUAUUGCUAGAAGAGAACAUAAACUUCAGGCAUUGGAAAAAGAUUUAAAAGGAAAACUGGGAAAAUUUUAUUAUUUCAAAGUUGAUUUGUGUUCAGAAGAAAAUAUUUUGAAAGCUUUUGAUUGGGUAAAAAAAACAUUGAAAACGGUUGACGUUCUGGUUAACAAUGCAGGUGUUUGGAAGCCAAGUGAUUUAUUAGGAAACUCAAAUGACUGGAAAAAAAUGUUUGAGACAAAUGUCAUAGGUCUUAACAUUUGCUCUAGAGAGACUAUAAAAAUCAUGGAAGAAACAAAAAUCAAAGUGGGCCAUAUAAUAAAUAUUAACAGUAUUUUUGGUCAUUACCAAUUUCCAUACAUGAAGGAUAUUUCCAUUUAUGCUGCUACCAAACAAAGCGUUACUUCAAUCACAGAAAGUUUUAGAGAAUUGAUGAGCAUGAAAGAGUUACCUAUCAGAGUGACGAGUGUCAGUCCCGGUGCAGUGGACACCGAAAUGGCUGUAGAGUUUGGUUUACACAAAUUGAAAGGAGUGAGUAUGUUGAAAACUAUUGACAUUGCUGACGCUAUUAUGUACGCGCUGAGCGCACCGCAACGUGUUAAC